CUCUCACAUGGGCCGUCUCCUUUGGUAACGCCAUUCUCUCCUAUCAAAUGGCCAGUGCUACGCCCACCCUCAUUCGUGAGAUGAUCACACCUGCGGCUUUCCCUAAGGCAGCCUCUGCUGGUCUCCUUAUAGUCUUCGUCAUCUACGUUGGUGUCGGUGCCUGUGGCUACUACGGCUAUGGCAGGAGCCUCAUUGAAGUUCCUAUAAUGAACAGCAUCGCUCCGCCUGGCCAGCCGCUUGAUGUAUGGGGGUACAUUGCAGUGAUCGCCAUGCUUCUACUGGCCUUUCCUCAUUUCCUGGUCAUCCUCAUGCCGAUCGCCGCCUCUCUGGAGUACGCUUUCAAUAUCGAUGUUGACAGCACGGCGAAGCGCGAUCUCAUCAAGAGAAUCAUCGCUCGCACCUUCCUGGUUGGAAUCGCCCUGGUCAUUGCAAUUGUUGUCCCCAGUGUUGACAAGCUCAUUAAUCUCAUGGGUGUGUUUACCAUGAUAGCUAUGGCUGGAGUCCUCCCUGCCUUGUUCUAUACUAGAAUACGUGUAUUCAACGAGGGAUCAUUGAAGGCUAUUUGGAAAGCAAGUCGACUCGAGAUGAGCCUUCUCGGUGCCCUCACUCUCCUCUGUCUGUUAAUAAUGGGAGCUGGCGGCUACCAAUCGAUUGUUGAUUUCUAAUCAUCGAUCGUUUUUGUCGCAGAAUCGGCUCCCGUUGUAUUAAGAAACGGGACGUUCUGUGGUAGUUCCGUUUAAAUGAUAUGAAGAUGGUAACUCGCCGUGCUGGCGACUAGAGCGGAGUAUAUCAUCACUCCUUCUCUCGUCUUCGUUCACUUCUGGAUGAUGCUUAGACUAACUGUUUAUACUAACACUACUCAGGUUUCAGUGUCUCUUAUCAAGUAGCGUCAGAAUAUGACGAUGCCGUGCGGGCACCAUCUAUGUUCCUUUCGACAAU